UCGAUUUCAGUCGAAAGGGAAAACCCGCUUAGCCCGUCGAGUUAUUCUCGCGGCGCACAGAGUUUCACGCGUGUGCCUUCUUCUUUCGAUCAUUCUCCUCAUCGGUAUCCUAGUUAAUCGCGCGUUAUAUUCACGGGGCUCAUGUCGUUCGAUUGUUGUGGCAACGGCGAGGUCGCCGGCGAGACGUUCGCGAACGGCCUUGAGGACGUGUCACGUACCUUGCGAGCGACAUACGACAGUCUCGGUCUCCAAGGUAUCGAAACCAUCGAAAGUCUCAUACGCGAGUGGUACGCGUUGUCCGCUGUCUUCGUCGUUGCCUUCCUAUUAAUCUUACGCAUACGAUAGCCCGUGUUCACGUGACGCCGCCGAGCGACCUUCGACCUGAAGAGUAGCGCGAUCUUACGGAGCACGCGUAUCACUGUUUUAGUGUUUAAUCGCCGGUGCAAGGUGUACGUUUCGGGGCGGUCGAUGCAAAUAUAAUACGACUGGCCGGCAUUCGCCGUGUAUCACUUUCGCCGUGUCGCGUUUAUUGACACGGUGCAAAUGCUCGCAAUGGCGUCGGUCUGAACGUAUCGCUCGCGUUACCUCGGGGUAUCGUUCGACGUGCCGCGUUAGUUGAUCGUAUUUUUCAUCUCGAGUAUAAGCGUGUUGUGCGUGCGAGUAACUAUGGUCUGUCGUCUGCGGACGUUGUCGGCGUUCCCCGGAAGAAAUAACCGGAGUCGACCGGAGGAGGAAUGAAUGAACGGGCUGUGGAUGAUAGGACCGCGGGAGGGGAUGCGUCGUCGGCCGUCGCGUUGUGACGGCCUGCUGCCUGCUUGCCGAUUUGCAUCGAGGUGGAGUAGUGUUAGUAGUUAUUACUGGACGAGGAACAUAUUAUUGGAAGAGGGCAAUGUGGUUUGCUCGAAUGAAAGUCGUUUGAACGGUCGAGAGUGUCCUCCGACGAGGAAGAAUCCCGGCUAGGGUCAGAAGGAAACGAUAGAAUAGGGCGGUAGACGGGAUAAACGGAUAGUCGAUUAAUCCCGGAUAGAAUGGCAGGCGAGGACACGCAGAUCUUGGCUAAUGGCAACGUCGAGGCUCUCACGAUAAUUCCACCGAAGAUGACGAACGGUAACGGGCUGAUCUGCGGUAAGCAGCACAACAACAACGGGUCGAUACCGAACGGCAGGUUGCACGAGAUAUCAGCGACGGAAAAUGGGAAGCUGAUCAUGUCCGACGAGAAAUCGAGCAGCCUUCACACGGAGUUCGAUGAUCCGGACGUGUCUUGCGGCUGGGGUCCCUGCAGGCCGCACUGGCUUCAAUAUUUCGCCACCAAGCAGGCCUUCUUAGUUACCUUCUGCAUCACUUGGGUACUUCAGGGCAUGUACUACACGUACUUCGUCUCGGUGAUCACCACGAUCGAGAAGCUGUUCCAGAUCCAGUCGAAAACGACCGGGAUCAUAAUGUCGGCCACGGAGAUCGGUCAGAUCGGCUCCUCUCUCUUACUGACGUAUUACGGGGGCCAAGGUCACCGGCCUAAGUGGAUAGCUUGGGGCAUGAUUCUGUUCGCGGUCAGCUCGUUCACCUGCUCGAUGCCCCAUUUCAUCUUCGGCGAACAGCUGAUCCAUCAGAACGAGAUGUUCUUCAGCGGCGUCGGUCCGGGCGACCACAACAACACCGACCCGAUGAACCUUUGCAAGCUCCAGGAACAAUCGGAGAACAUCACUCUCAGUAGAUUUACGGAGCAGAGGAUACAGAACAAAAUAACGACGGUGGUCCUGGCUAUAUUUUUCGUCUCCUUAUUGGGCGUUGGAAUGGGUCAGACAGCGGUCUACACCCUCGGUAUCCCUUACAUCGACGACAAUGUGGCCAGCAGAGAAAGCCCUCUCUAUUUCGCGAUUACGAUCGGGGUGAGGAUCCUCGGGCCGGCGUUGGGAUUCAUUCUCGGCUCAUUCUGCACGAUGAUUUACGCAGAUUUGUCGAAACCGCAAAUCACGCCGACGGAUCCGAGAUGGGUCGGGGCAUGGUGGCUCGGUUUAGUGCUGAUAGCAGCGAUGCUGAUGCUGGUGAGCAUAGGAAUGUUCGCGUUCCCGACGCGGCUGCCUACGAGCAGAACCACGCCGAAACGAGUGGACGCGAAAAAGCCUAGUCUCCGAGACUUCCCUAAAGCGGUGAAGAGGCUGUUGAAGAACGACAUUCUUAUGUUCCGGACGGCCAGCAGCGUGCUGCACAUCCUACCGAUCGCCGGCCUCUACACCUUCCUGCCAAAGUACCUCGAGAGCCAAUUUCGCUUGCCAGCUCAUCAUGCGAACAUGAUCUCAGGUGUCGGUGGAAUUUUAGUGAUGGGUUUGGGUAUUAUAAUUAGCGGCGUGUUCAUACUGAGAGCAAAGCCUAAUGCGAGGUUCGUCGCAGCCUGGAUCGCCUUCACAGCAGUAGUUUACGCGAUCGGCAUGGGUGUGCUCAUGUUCAUCGGUUGCCCCAUGGACGAUUUCGCUGGCCUCGUCUCGCAUUCCGACGGAUCAUCCAGUUUCGAGCCGACGUGCGAGGCUACUUGCGACUGCGUUCGAAACAAGUUCAGUCCGAUUUGCGGUGUCGAUGGGAAAACGUAUUUCUCUGCGUGUCACGCGGGCUGCUCCAAUUACACGGUCGUCGAUGGCAAGGUGUCUUCGUUUAACAACUGCCAGUGCAUCGGGUCGAACCUGACGAUGACACCGCCGGAAAUAGCCAGUACAGCGACAAUCGGCUACUGCGAGCUCGAGUGCAGUAACUUUUGGGUCUAUAUGGUCCUGUUCUCGGUGUUCGUUUUUAUCCAUUCGACCAGCGAGGUCGGCUCCAUGCUGCUAAUCCUGCGAUGCGUGGAUCCUCGGGACAAGGCGAUGGCUCUCGGUCUAAUACAAUUCGCCAUUGGCUUGUUCGGUAACGUCCCGUGUCCGAUCGUUUAUGGCGCCGUGGUGGAUUCCGCCUGUCUCGUAUGGGAAUUCGCUUGCGGCGAGCGCGGCGCUUGCUGGCUUUACGACUCGAAUGUCUUCAGAAUGUUCUAUCACGGCACCACGGGGGGGAUUCUGGUUCUCGCGUUCGUGGUGGACAUAGUCGUCUGGUACAAAGCGGGGAGUAUAAAUUUCGUGGAGGAGCAGGAAGUGGAAGAGGGUACCGUGGAGGAGAUGGCCACCCUGAAAUCUCAGGACGCGCAGGUGGUGGACAACGAUUAUUUGUGAAUGGGUCCCGGCCAGCGUCGAUGAUAUCCUACGAAGCACGUCGUGGAUUGAGACGAAGCAUGACGAGGCGUCUCCGACUGACCGAGAGAGAGCCUCGGGUGGUAGCGCGUGUCACGCUCGCUUCAGGGCCUCGAGCCCGGGGUCGCGUCGCGAGGCAGCAGAGCCCUUUAACGGGGCAGAGACACUGGUGCUUGAUCCUAUCCUGAAGAUAGAAAGUCGAGAAUCGGAACGAAGGAGGCGGGUCGCCCGUAGUUUCCGAAGAGGCUGUGCCGAGGUCUCAAAGUGCGUCGUUUCAAACAGAGACUUUAUUUUUCUCUGAAAAGUUUCGCGGUUUGGCGUCGAAGAACAACGAACAGGUAGCGUAUGAGAUAUCUAAAUUUCAUAUCAAUUUGGAUGAAGGCAGAGGCGGUCGACAGAGGCACUGUUCCCUCGGAACUCGAGGUCCUCGGAUCUCGCCCGAGCUACUGUUAGGCGCUACCGUCCGCGUUUCGCUCCACGAAUAUACCUAGAGAAGUAGGCGAACCGUACACGCGACCGAUUUACGAUCGGCGAACGUCCGUUUAAUAAUCGAGAGGAAACGCGCGCGGUACCUAUAUCUCAUCGUAUGCUCGAACAAAUAAAAUCGGAAUGAAUGAUCGUAAAAGUAUAAGGACGAUGACGAUGAUGCGAAUGAGGGAAAUAAGACGACUACAUAUUUUUAGACGAUUUGAAUGGAUAAAGAACAAAGGG